AUGGCGACAUGUCGCCUGGAGUUGAUGGGUGUGCACGACUAUCCGAGGCAUGCUUCCACCGUGCUGCGGAGAUUUCACAAGGCCGGUAUCCUGUCGGGCUUCAAUAUCCCCAACAAGAAGCCUGGAGAGCCAUUGCUGGAAUGGGCUCGCGUGCUGUUGAGCGAGUUCCCUGCAGUGGAAGUGACGGUACAUUACAGUCUGAAGCACCAGCGCCGAGCGAAUCCGGUGGAGGCUUUGAGGGCUUGGUGUCAUGAGGCUGCCGCUGUGGGAGUUCGGAGAGUACUGCUGGUGACUGGUCCGCACGGACCUCGGCAAGACACCGUGAAAGUACUGAACCAGUUCGGCCGGCCAGUUGAAGGAGUCCGUUUGGGAGUUGCCUUCAAUGCGUGCCUGCCAACCGAAGCUGAACGAGAGAUGGAGCGAAAGCGCUUGGUCCAGAAGUUGCGGACCGGAUUGGUCGAGGACAUAUGGCUGAAUACUGGCGUGGAUGAAGACAUGCUACGAAGUGGUAUCGCCUUUGUCAAGACCACAUGCGACAAGUUGAAUAUAGCACCACAUAUAUUUGGGUCGGCAAUGCUUCCCAGUGAAGGGCAGCUGCAGCAGAUGCGCGAACGCCCGUGGAAUGGUGUCCAGUUUAGCGAGGAGUUCCUCAGUUCUGUCGAGGGGAUGGGUUCGGCGACAAGUAGAGUCUUGGCCAUCUUCCGAGAGCUGGGUGUGGAGCCAAUCAUUGAGAGCAAGGUCAAGAGCGACAUGGAUGUGUUGAAGUUGAAUGCUCUCCUGAACGGUGAUCCGGAGAGUUUAGAAGUAAUAGAGAAGCCAAGUCGAGAAGGCCAUCUGGCUAGCCAGUUUGGAUCAGCCGACUUGGCCAGUUCCUUGGAACCGCAGAAAGAAGACGGUGGACAAGCCGACAAGCGAUGUGGGGCACAGUUCUGUCCUCCAGUGAGGAGGCGCUGGGGGAAUGGCCAAAGAAGAAACGCAUAG